CCCGUGUUUCAACAUCUCUCUCUCUAAUCUUUAGAUAUCCAAGCUUACGUAGCUCACCGACCCCACAGUUGAUAUCUUCGGUUGUUUAUUGGCAUCAAAUUGGUGCUUUCAUUGAGAGAAGAGAAACAUACUCGUAGGUUAACUCCUAAGAACGAGAAUGGUACAAACAAGGAGCAAUGUCCCUACCACCAGCCACGCACAUGGCAAGGGGAACAGCCCGGGCAACGAGGUGACCGUGGAGCAGCUCCAGGCUGCCGUUGCAGCCCUAUGCGCCAUUGGCGGGGAGGACGCAGCAACGGAGCCACCCAGGCUGCAAGAGACUCCAUCACCAAGCAUGAUGUCACUUCCCAGCACAAGGGGAAGAAGAGACGAAUGUGUCGGAGGAGGCCUGGCAAGGCCCCGGUGUUUGAGGACGUGCUGGUGGAGGACAUCCUAAAAGGGCAGGAUGACGACUCCAGCGAGGGUCGAGUGUCGGCCUUCAAGCGGCUGAGGGGUGAGGAGACCCGUGUGUCGGCCUUCGACAGGCUCAACCAUGGACACGACGUCCGCCAGGACGAACUGUACCGAUGCUCACCCCUAAUCUACGCCAGCAGAUCUCGGAGGGCAGACGGAGGCACGCCGAGGAAUCGGCAGCCUCAAAUUCAUGCUCGGGAAGGCCCAAGCGUACCGACGGAUGGUGGGAGGAGCGAACCCAGCAAGCCCAGAGAGACGAAAAUGAACUUCGACGUCCAGGUCUUGACGGAAUCCUUCUUGGAUUUGAAAAUCCCUUCCCGCCGUUGGCCGAGGGCGGCAUAGGAACCCGAGUCUGAGCCGAAAGACUUGGCCACCCGGAACAAAGUCUGGAGGUGGUC